AUCCGCCAUCCGCCAUCCGCCAUCCGCCAUGUCUCUCCUCCGCAGAACCUUCCCUCUCCUCCCACUCCGCCCCAAACACCUCCCUCUGCUAUCCCACUCCUUCCUUUUCCUCCAACCAUCCUUCCCUAAACCCCUUCCCAAACACACCUCCAUCUUCUCUUCCUCCGCUUCCGCUUCUGCUUCCGCUUCCACUUCCACUUCCACACCCAUUCCCAAUCCCACCCCCAAUCCCCCAAUUUCUCCAACCCAACUCCAAUGGGUCACCAGAACCGCCUCCUGCGGCGACCUAUCCACCGCCGACGUCGGCAAACGCGUCACUCUCUGCGGGUGGGUCGCCCUCCACCGUGUCCACGGCGGCCUCACCUUUCUCAACCUCCGUGACCACACCGGUUCCGUCCAAGUCACCACUCUCCCCGACACUUUCCCCGACGCUCAUUCCGCCGUUAACGACCUGAGGCUUGAGUACGUCGUAGCCAUUGAAGGACUCGUGCGGUCUAGACCGGCCGACUCCGUCAACAAGAAGAUGAAAACCGGGUUAAUUGAGAUUGCGGCGGAGAGCGUUCAAGUGUUGAAUGCCGUUAGAACAAAGCUGCCAUUUUUGGUCACUACUGCUGAUGAUGCUAAGGAUUCUGCAAAGGAGGAGAUACGGUUAAGGUACCGGUGCCUUGAUUUACGCCGGCAGCAAAUGCAUUCGAACAUAAUGUUGCGGCAUAAAGUUGUGAAAUUGAUUCGAAGACAUCUAGAGGAUGCACAUGGUUUUGUGGAGAUUGAGACUCCAAUACUCUCUAGGUCUACACCCGAAGGUGCUCGAGAUUAUUUAGUGCCCUCGAGAGUUCAGCCGGGAACAUUUUAUGCUUUGCCUCAAAGUCCGCAACUGUUCAAGCAAAUGUUGAUGGUUUCUGGUUUUGAUAAGUAUUAUCAAAUAGCAAGGUGCUUUCGAGAUGAAGAUCUAAGAGCUGAUAGACAACCUGAGUUCACGCAGCUUGAUAUGGAGCUUGCUUUCACUCCUUUGGAGGAGAUGCUGAAGCUUAAUGAAGAUUUGAUUAGAAAGGUUUUUCUAGAGAUCAAAGGUGUAAAUCUCCCAAACCCUUUUCCUAGGCUUACGUAUGCUGAAGCAAUGAGUCGAUAUGGUUCGGACAGGCCAGAUAUUAGAUUUGAUCUAGAGUUAAAAGAUGUAUCUGAUAUUUUCUCAGAUUCCCCGUUCCGGGUUUUUGCUGAUACUUUGAAAAGUAGGGGAGUUAUCAAAGUUUUAUGCAUACCUUCAGGUGGUAAAAGAUAUUCAAACACGGCCCUAAAGAAGGGUGAUGUUUACAAUGAAGCAAUCAAAUCUGGAGCAAAGGGUUUGCCUUUCCUGAAGGUCUUGAAUGAUGGGGGAAUGGAGGGAAUUCCUGCAUUGGUAUCUAGUUUGGACCCAACAAAGACCCAGCAGUUUCUGAGUCGUUGCUCUGCCAGACCAGGUGAUCUUAUCUUGUUUGCAGUGGGUCAUCAUACAUCAGUUAAUAAAACUCUAGAUCGACUACGGCUCUUUAUGGCACAUGAACUUGGUUUGGUUGAUGAUUCGAGGCAUUCAAUUCUAUGGGUGACUGAUUUCCCAAUGUUUGAUUGGAAUGAUUCUGAGCAAAGGCUUGAGGCCUUGCACCACCCUUUCACUGCCCCGAAUCCUGAAGACAUACAAGAUCUGUCUUCUGCUCGUGCUUUAGCUUAUGACAUGGUUUACAAUGGAGUUGAGAUUGGUGGGGGAAGUUUGAGAAUUUAUAAACGCGAUGUGCAGCAAAAGGUUUUGGAGAUUGUUGGCAUCUCCCCUGAAGAGGCUGAAACGAAGUUUGGCUAUCUUCUCGAGGCAUUAGACAUGGGUGCCCCUCCACAUGGGGGAAUUGCAUAUGGUUUGGACAGAUUGGUUAUGUUGUUAGCAGGGGCUAAUUCCAUUAGGGACGUCAUAGCUUUCCCAAAGACAACUACAGCACAGUGUGCCCUCACUCGAACACCAUCUCCGGUGGAUCCCCAGCAGCUAAAAGACCUAUCAUACCAGACUCAAUAGUACGAUCUUCGAUCAACUUAUCCAUUUCAGAGAGAUAUAGCGACCCAUAUUUUGUUCCAUAAUGUCUAUUAUUUUUAUCUUUUUCAUAAACCCUACGAUACCAUCGUCUCAUUUCUGACCCAUAGUUGAACAAAGAAAGUAGAUUGAUGUGGUUCGUCUUCACAGCUUCCUCAUUGUACUGGAUGCUCUAUAUUUCUCUAUUUUCUUCGAAAUGAAAUUAGGUGGAGAUCUUGUUCGUUGAA